UUUGAAUGUAUUUUCUUUUGUUGUUUUGUGUUUUAAUAUCAAAUAAAAAUUUAGUAUGUAGUUUAAAUUAAAUACAUUAAUAGACGUAAAAAUGUCAAACAUGUUUUCAAUAACAUAAAUAAGUUGUGAAUGUUUCUGAAAUGGUGAUCUAAUAAUAUUUAUAAUAUACAUACAUAAAUAUUUCAUUUAGUAAAAGAAGUAAAAGUUUGUAGCGAAAAAGAAAACAAAAAAAAAAUGUGUGAAAAUGAACCGAUAAGUUUAGAAUAUAUCGAAGAUUCCUAUAUACCAAAGUUAGAAAAUUGUAUUACACCAAGCUUAGAUGAAAUUACUGAAUUAGAUUCAAAUUAUAAUUCCAUACCAAUUAAUUAUGAAUGGUCUGAAGAAACAGAAUUAUUUUUUCGUAACUUGAAAUUAGAUGAAAUUCUAGUUGAUAGUUUUGAUUAUAAUAAUGAUAAUGAUGAAAAUAGUAAUGGAAAUCAAAAAAAUGAUUAUGAAAGUUUGGAAUAUCAAACAGUUGAAACAGAAUUUUCUACUAUUAUACCAACAACAACGAAAGGUUUAAAAAAUGAUGUAUUAUUAAAAAUUGCUAAAAGAUUUCGUUUAAAAUUCUUUGCAACAAAAAAAUCAAUGCGUGAUGUUAAAGUAACAUUUAUAGAUUUUUCUAAACCAUAUUUAGCACGUAUUUCAAGUAGUGACAAUUAUAAAAAAUUUUUAAAUUUCGGCAGCACAGAUAAUUCAAAUAAAAUGUCAGAACCAACUUCACCAGCGCAUUCAGUUGCUUCAGCUGAUAUAGCUGCAGAAUUUGCUGCAUUAACAACUGAAGAACAAGAAAGACAAAGAGCUGAAUGGAGUCAAGAAUUAGCCCGUGUGGAAGAUGAAAUUAACACUUUAAGAACAGUCUUAGCUUCAAAAGUUCGACAUGCCUCUGAUCUUAAAAGAAAAUUGGGCAUAACUGUAUGGAGAGAAAUAACUGAUGAUGUCAAUCAAGGAUUGAAAAAUGUCAAAGAAAGCACAGUUUUCCAAAGCGUUGAAUGUAAAGUUAACGAGGUUGCCAAAGCUGUAACUGAAGCUCCAAUUUAUCAGAGAACAGAAUCCGUUUUGAAAAGCACUGCGGAAAAAACAUCUUCGAUUUUUGGUGGAAUAACUAGUGGUAUUUCAAGUAAAUUUUCGCAAAUUAAAAAUUCAGAAUCCAUGAGAUCUAUUGAAGAUAAAGUUGGGUCGGCAUAUGAAAAUGUUAAGACAAAAGUAUCAACAUCACGAUCUGGUUCCGUAUCCAGUUUUAAUGAUGAUAAUAAUUCAAGAGUUACUUCACCCACUAUACCAGAAGAAAAGCCACUAUCAUAAGAUUUUUUUAUAAUUUAAAAAAUUCUUUUUAUGAACUGUGGUCCAUAUUUUGAAAAGGGCGAAAAGAAAAAAUGAAAGAAUAAAAACUCAAAAAGUUAAAAAAAAAAUAUUGAAAUAAUUUUUAUCGCCCAUUAAAAAUAUUCUAUUUUAUAAUUAUAUAAGUAUAAUAAAUACUUGCAAACUUAUAACGUUUUAAACUGGAAUUGUAUACUUGUAUUACAUGAAAACGUAUUUGUAUGUAACAAAAAUUUUAUUUUCAUUAUUCUAAAAAAUAUAUAUUUAUGCAUUAUAAAAUACAUUAAAAAAGGAAAUCUUUUACAUAUUAAUAUAAAUGGCAUAUUAUGAAGUUAUACAUGAAAAUUGCGAUAUUAAUGAAGUUUUUCUAAAAUUUAGCGUAUGCACAUAUAUAUUGUAUAACUACAUAUAUAUAAAUAUAUAUACAAUAUUAAUUUGAAUACAUAUUUAUAUAUGUAUAAUACUUAAUCGCAUAAUAUUAUUAAAUUUUCUAUCUUUCUUUUUAUGCAACGUGCUUCAUUUUAAUGAAAAACAUGCAGAAAUUACAAAAAAAAAAUCGGAAUAAAAAACUAGAAAUCAAUUACGUUUUGUGAUUUUAUUCAUCUUUUAUAAAUGUAACAAUCACAGCGAAUAAGAAAUUUUUGACUGUUUAUUUUUGUUAUUAUAAUUUAAUCAAUUAUUCCAUUUGAUUGCUAUUGAAAUUUUGUAAAACGAAACAAUACACUUUAUAAGCUAAUAAAUUAUAAAUGUGCCUAAAACUCA